AUGACAGUUCAACUAACUAAUGCCCUUUUUCGUCAAAGUUUUUUACAAUACAACAACAACAUAAGUAAACCUAUAUUAAUCAAUUUACCAUAUUCCAACCCCAUUAAUACCCUCUGGAAAAAGACCUUACAAAAAGUGGGUACAUUGAUUGGCCUUUCUGAAGCAAUAGGUUCUUUUCUACUUGCAGCUCCAAAGAAAAAGACCUCUCACUCAAAGAAGAGAAUGCGUUCAGCAAAUAAAGGAUUAAAAGAUAAAACCAAUAUUGUAAAUUGCCCUGGAUGCGGUCAACGAAAGUUAAUGCAUCAUCUUUGCUUAUAUUGUUAUAGGGAUUACACAUUGAAGUUAAAGUGGGAAAGGCGACGUUCAUCGUCUUCGUAA